ACUACGGAGCUUCUACUCGAGGGGGCGGCCCCUCAGAUCUUAAAUUAGUUUUUCUUGGGAGAUGAAGAUCUCGAACUCGAAAGCGUUGAACCUUUUAAUCUGUCAGCUUUUGGGGAGUUCUGCUUUUUUGGGCUAUACAUGUUAAUGUAAUGAAGAUUCUUAAUUUAUUUCAACUAUAUACACAACAAAGAUUCCGUCAUGAUAAGCUACCCAGAGAAUCUGUAUUCACUAACAUGAAAAAAAUGUGGGAAGUUCAAAAAAAGACUCUUGAAGAAGCUAUAAAAGUAAAUCAGGAAAGGAGGGCUUUGCAAGUUUCCAAAGAAAAAGAACGCUGUAGGAUGCUUGAACUUGAAGGAGUUAUGAGUCCCGUAGAGCAGCCUGCUGAAGACGUUAAAAUAAUAUUAGAUCGUUCCGGCCUUCACGAAAAUCAGGAACGGUUGAGAAAGGAGAAGGAAAAAUAUACAUCUUCUGAAAAGAGAAUACGAGAAGAACAAAUAGAAAAAAGAUUAGAAGCCGAUAAGAAGAAAAUUACUCGAAGAGAUCAACUCCUCUUGUUAAUUAAAGAAGUUUUAAACUUGAAUUCGCCACUUGAAGCAGAGGCACUCAAGUUUGAAGAUCUUAACACUAAGUUUAUGGUUCUAAGUGCUUGUAGUAUUCGCUUUGAUAGGAUCAUUCACAACUUUGAUUUGAAUAGAAUCAAGGACGUUAAAGAACUUUGCGACUUUUUUGACCAGCCAGAUCACGUUUUUGUUCAUCCGCUAUUCCCAGAUAUAGAUCUCAGUAAUUUACCAAAGAAUUUAUUUAUUGAAAAUUAUGAAAUGAAAGAUUAUCGUAAAAAGCAAGUUAUAUAA